CAACGUCACUAAUGACACGUAUUCAAAAUGGCGGCCGCGGCUAUGGAGAGGGGGGCCCUGGUGCUGCUGCUGGUUCCUCUGGUGGGAGCGUUCUACGUUCCUGGAGUUGCUCCCAGAGAUUUCCAUGAAGGAGACACAGUAGAUCUGAAGGCGGUGAAGCUGACCAGCUCCAGGACUCAGCUCCCGUAUGAAUAUUACUCUCUGCCGUUCUGUAAGCCUCAGUCUGUCUUCUACAAAGGAGAGAACCUGGGUGAGGUGUUGCGUGGCGACCGUAUCGUCAACACGCUGUACAACGUGGAGAUGAACCGAGAUAAGAAGUGUGAGAUGGUUUGUAACAAGAAGAAACUCAACGUGGAGGAGAGCAAACUGGUGGCGGAGAGGAUCCAGGAGGAGUACUACGUUCACCUUAUUGCAGAUAACCUGCCGGUGGCCACCAGGCUGGAGUUCUACCCCAACAGGGAGGCAGCAGCAGAGGAGGAGCAGAAGAAGGAGGUGCUCAAAGAUAUUCAAUUUGAACACGGAUACAGGAUGGGCUUCGUAGACAACAACAAGUUUUACCUGCACAACCACCUGUCCUUCAUCCUGUACUUCCACAGGGAGAAACUGGAGCAGGGAGACGUCCACAACUACAGAGUGGUUCGCUUCGAGGUCGUUCCUCAGAGUGUUAAAGUAGACGACCUGAAGGCUGUGGAGAGUGAGCGGACCUGUACGCUGCCUGAGGCCAGCGGUUCCGCCCCCCAGGAGAUCGACCCGGCCAAGGAGAACGAGGUCCUCUUCACCUACUCCGUCCACUGGGAGGAGAGCGAGGUGAAGUGGGCGUCCCGCUGGGAUACCUACCUCACCAUGAGUGAUGUUCAGAUCCACUGGUUCUCCAUCGUCAACUCAGUGGUCGUCGUCUUCUUCCUGUCUGGUAUCCUGAGUAUGAUCAUCAUCAGGACCUUGAGGAAGGACAUCGCUAACUACAACAGAGAGGACGACAUCGAGGACACCAUGGAGGAGUCAGGGUGGAAGAACGUCCAUGGAGACGUGUUCAGACCUCCUCAGUAUCCCAUGAUCCUCAGCUCCCUGCUGGGCUCCGGCAUCCAGCUCUUCUGCAUGAUCCUCAUCGUCAUCUUUGUUGCCAUGUUGGGCAUGUUAUCCCCCUCCAGUAGAGGAGCCCUGAUGACCACGGCCUGCUUCCUCUUCAUGUUCAUGGGAGUGUUUGGAGGAUACUUUGCUGGCAGACUGUACCGGACACUGAAGGGCCACCGGUGGAGGAAAGGAGCGUUCUGUACGGCCACUCUGUAUCCUGCUGUGGUGUUUGGGAUCUGCUUCAUCCUCAACUGUUUCAUCUGGGGAGAACAUUCCUCUGGAGCAGUUCCCUUCACCACCAUGCUGGCCCUGCUGUGUAUGUGGUUCGGUAUCUCCAUGCCCCUGGUCUACCUGGGAUACUACUUUGGCUUCCGUAAACAGCCGUAUGAUAACCCCGUACGAACCAAUCAGAUCCCUCGGCAGGUCCCAGAGCAGCGCUGGUACAUGAACAAGUUUGUAGGGAUUCUGAUGGCCGGGAUCCUGCCGUUUGGAGCCAUGUUCAUCGAGCUCUUCUUCAUUUUCAGUGCCAUCUGGGAGAACCAGUUCUAUUACCUCUUCGGCUUCCUGUUCCUGGUCUUCAUCAUCCUGGUGGUCUCCUGCUCUCAGAUCAGCAUCGUCAUGGUUUAUUUCCAGCUCUGUGCAGAGGACUACCGCUGGUGGUGGAGAACCUUCCUAGUUUCAGGAGGCUCAGCGUUCUACGUUCUCAUCUACGCCAUCUUCUACUUUGUCAACAAGCUGGACAUCGUGGAGUUCAUCCCGUCGCUGCUGUACUUCGGCUACACCGCCCUGAUGGUUCUGUCCUUCUGGCUGCUGACGGGCACCAUAGGGUUCUACGCCGCCUACAUGUUCAUCAGGAAAAUCUACGCCGCCGUCAAGAUCGACUGAGCUCCAUCGCUGCUGUUCUCCUUUUUGUUUUUUGUUUUUUUUUCUGUUUGUCUUGUUACAUUCAGUUUUUUUAAUGUAUAUAUUUUUUAUUCUUCAUGUUCAACAAGCACUGACUUGUGUGGAGGAACGAGACGGUCAAAGGCCUUUUAACAAAGCAGCAGCAGCUCCACCUAGUGGCCCACAGGGCAACAGCACCACGGAGAGCUGGAGCUCCUCCUGCUCCUCCUGCUCCUCCUCCUGCUCCUCCUGCUCCUCCUCCUCUUUAAGGACAGAGACACUUCAUCUUCCUGAUGUUUCUCUUCGCACAAAGUGGGCCAAAGCUUGUCAGAUGAUGAUGAUUCAGCACAUUUUUAGUUUGUCUUUGCAUCGGUUAUGGCUCUAACUUAUCCAGGUUUUUUAUUUUUUAUUUUUUUUCCACUACAGGAUUUAUCUCUUCAGGCUUUCCUUCUUUUUUUUUUCUUGCAAUCAUCUUGUCGUCUGAUUUCCUGACAUAAAUUCUGUCUUUACUCUU